CGGCCCAGAAUAACAAAACCUCGUGCGCGAUUUCAAAACAAAACGUGAAUUUUCGCGAUGAGCAGUUUUACGAAUUUUUAAGUUUUAAAAUCAAGUUAAAAGUUAUUAGUGGUCCGAAAAAUCAACCAAAAUGAGUGCCGCCCAGUUUGAGGACGCGGUGGAGGACGUCAGCCAGUCGCUGAACAUCAUCUUGAAGAAGGUUGAGCUUCCUGAUCCGGAACCCGUCGCACCGGUUGUGACCACCGAAGUCGCCAUCGCCGAUGCCUUGUUUGGCAACUCGCGGUAUCGGUCGGAGAAUCAGCCGUUUGAUGACGAAGAGGAGGAUUACAGUGACGACAGUGACGGGGAGUAUUACUGCUUGGAUGUGGACAACGUGCGGAAGAACCAGCAGGCAAAUGUGCAGCAGUCUCACACGAACGUUCAGGGUUCCAGCCAGAAGGUGUCCAACUUUCAACCGGCCGAUGCGUUGUUUAAGAAGUUUACCAACAAGAUCAAUGUUGAGAAGUACGAGGGACCGCUGGCGCUGCCGAAUCAUGCCAAGAAUACGUUGAUUGAGAACCAGCGGAAGACGGAGAGCGACCGGUUGAGGAGUAAGGACAAGCAAGAUCGGGCUACUGCUGAGCAGGUCAUGGAUCCCAGGACCAGGAUGAUUCUGUUUAAGCUGCUGAACCGCGACAUGAUCUGUGAGAUUAACGGGUGCAUCUCGACAGGAAAGGAAGCUAACGUGUAUCACGCGACGGCUAAGACCGGCAUGGAUUACGCGAUCAAGAUCUUCAAGACUUCCAUCUUGAUCUUUAAAGAUCGUGACAAGUACGUCACCGGUGAGUUCCGCUUCCGUCACGGUUACAGCAAGCACAACCCCCGCAAAAUGGUCCGCACUUGGGCCGAAAUGCGCAACUUGGUACGGAUGAAGAAGUGCAACCUUCCGGUUCCGGAACCAAUCUUGCUCCGUAGUCACGUCCUCGUUAUGGAAUUCAUCGGAAAGGACGGUUGGCCAGCCCCGAAGCUGAAGGACGUCGAACUAAGCGGUUCCAAAGCUCGCGAGCUUUACCGAGACGCGGUCGAAAUGAUGUGGACCAUGUACAGCAAGUGCAAACUGGUGCAUGCGGAUUUGUCCGAGUUCAAUCUGCUCUAUCACGAGGGCAAGAUCGUCAUCAUCGACGUGUCCCAGUCGGUGGAGCACGAGCACCCGCACGCGCUGGAAUUCCUCCGCAAAGAUUGCACCAACAUUACCGACUUUUUCCGGAAAAAGGACGUGUCGACGAUGACGGUGAAGGAGCUGUUCGAUUUCAUCACCGAUCCGACCAUCACCGAGGAGAACAUGGAGGAGUGUUUGGAGAAAAUGUCGGAAAAGAUUGCAAAUCGAAGCUUCGAUGAGUUCACGGAGCAGCAAAAGUUGGAGGAGGCGGUUUUCAAGCAGAUUUUCAUUCCGAAAACGUUACACGAUGUGUACGACAUCGAGCGGGAUAUCUUUGGGAAGACGAACAAGGACGAGCUGGUGUACAAGACCAUCACGGGGCUUGAUGCGAACCUGCAGGUGGCGGAGAAUCCGGAAAUUUUGCAGAAUGAUCCCGUGUCAUCGGCGGCCGAGGGCAGCGAAAGUGGCGACGACAACAGCUCCUCCGACGCGAAGACGACGGAGACGGCAAAGCGAGAAAUCCUCCACCACUGCAGCCCGGGGAAGAACGAAACGGCCGAGGAGCGCAAAGCGCGCAAGAAGGCCGUCAAGGACGACAAGGCCGAGAAGCGGAAAACCAAGGUCAAGAAGCACGUCAAGAAACGCAAGGAAAAGAUGGGUGGAGAAUAAGAAGUGAUGUAGAACUUGGUUGAAGUUUUUUAUUAAGGAAAAAAGAGGUUUAUUUCGAUUGUUCAAUAAAACUUUGUAUAAGUACAA